UCUUAAAUUGGCCCAAGUGAGUUUGGGUUCUUGGUCUUUGGUCAUGAAAGAAGAAUGUGAUUUCCAUAUCAAUGGAGAGCCCCAUUAUGCUCUCACUCUUCUAUACCAAAGUAAUACUCUAGAGUAUAUCUGGCGGAUCUUGGGUCGGACUCUUGAAUCCGGUGUGGCUAAAAGUGAGGCUGACAUCCGAGCCAAAUGUGCCAAUCUUUUCCAAAGUGGUUCGCCUUGCCUUGGAAUUGUUCCACCUGACGAUCAGUUUCCUCUUUCUUGUAAAUUUUCUCAGAACUGUUUGAUACUGGUCAAGACAUCAGAGGGAUGUGAAUCUUCCAAUACUUGCCAAGAAUGCUCGAAGGUCCUUCAUCGAGGCCAAAGUUUGUUUAUUGGAUCGUCCUUCAAGAAAGAAGCGAUUGAUAUUAUCUACAACCAAGGACAAGUUAACACCAACGAAGUGGGAACAAAGAAAGUCAAGUGUCGUCGGAAUCACAUGUGGACCUGCUCCAGUUGUCAAGAGAGCAUGCAAUUAGCUUCGGCCAAAAAACACUUAAAGAAGAAACAUUUAUUGGCAGACUUUACUUGUAGGCAAUGCUCAGCCAAAUAUGUGGACGCCAAUGAUUUGUCUCAACAUACAUUGGAACAUCAUCCUCAUGAUUUGGAUCUGAUGUGUCCCGCGUGUCAAACUAAGAUUCUGUUGUAUCCGGAAAGAAGAAUUGACGGAGACGUUUCCAAUUUGUGAGUCAGAACAUAAGUGAGCUUUUAUUGGUCAGCUGAGAGUCAUGGAAAGCGGAAGAAUGAGAUGGAAGGUUAAGGUAUAGUACAAAGACAUCGAGCGUUAACCAUUCGAUACAUGGAAAAUCCUACAGAUUCCAAUAAAUGACAGGGUUCAAUGGUUGAAAGAGCAUUAUGGUCCGUGCUCCAAGGAACGGACCCGAAACAUUGAUAGUGCCUCGAAUGCUAAAAGACGAAUAAUGUCACUUUACAAAUGCGAUCAUUGCUUCGAAAAGUUUAGUUCCAAAAGGCGUUUAGAAGAACAUAAGAGCGUGAAAUGCCAAAUUGACUUCAUCCAAGAUUUGUUUUGUGAUCUAGAUUUUCCCGAAGUAGCUUUCGAAGAAGGCUUGGAAAAGAAAGGAAAGAUAAUGCAAGUAACUUGCCCAGAAUGUGCCGAGAAAGUGAAUUCGAACGGAUUGAGAAGUCAUUUGAUGUUCAGUCAUCGAAUGGGAAAUUAUCGGUGCCAAUCCUGCUCCCAUGUUUUCGAUAGACCCGACCAAUUAACCGAUCACAUAUCGUCCUCACAUCCUCAAGAUCCAAUGACACAGUGCCCUAAUUGUGAACAAGAUAUCAACCUAUCCAAAGAUUGGGCAGGCCUUCAAGCACACAUGAACACGUGUCAUCGCGUCAAAUUUGUAAGGGACCAACGGGACAAUCUUGUACCGCGCCUCAAUCUAUCCAAAAAAGCUAAGCAAAUUUUGAGCCCCAAGGACCCCCCCCAAUCUUGGGUGACUUGUGACCGAUGCGAUUUCCAAACUAAAUACGCCAAGAACUUGAUUGUUCACCAAGAAUUGAUUCAUAACCAUCCCCGUCCUCGAGAACCGAGGCCUGAAAAAUUCGUAUGCGAGCAAUGUGGUAAAGAAUACAAACGAAGAGAGACCUUUCAAGCCCAUUUAAAGGCCAAGCACUCGUCAGAUAGCCACCAUACUUGUGAUAAAUGUGGCCGACAGUUUCCCAAAGCUAGUCAAUUGCUUUGCCAUAGGAACCGCAUUCAUGCUGAGUCCGACGAGUUCAAGUGCCGGGUGUGCGGCUUGCGAUGCGGCAACAUGACGGAAUUGAAGAAGCAUCAGGUCAGCCAUGAGGAUCCCAAGUUCACUUGUCCAACUUGUGGCAAGAUGUUCAAGACGAAAACGGCCAUGAGUUUGCAUUUAAGGACCCAUACUGGCGAGAAACCCUACAAGUGUGAUAUGUGCGAUUAUAGUACGGCUGCCGGAGGCAACUUGAGGAACCACAAGAAGUUCAUCCAUUUAGGGUUUUCAAGAAAUCGAUUGCGAGAAACGAUGGAAAAAGUUUAAUGCCGAAAUUUGUGAUGAUUGAUGGCAAAGAAAUAUAUCAUGUUGUUACUCUGCUGCA